UAGACGCGGUACAACUGGGCGUGCGUGACAGACAGUACAUGUACAUGUAGUUUUCUCUAUAUUUAAGAAGAUGUGAAAUGAGAUGCAUUUAUAACCUACCAGAGGAGAACUGAAGACAAAAGACAAAACGCAAAGACUAGUCAUGAAGUAAAACGGAUAUAUAGUUCAUCAACAGAGGGGUGAAAUAGGCCAUGUUUACCAAAAUAGGAAGAGGUCGACCAGGCUAAGACCACAAUGGAAGAACAAGGGAUACAAGUUCAUACCUGUAUGUAACUUUUAAAACGUGUAAUGUCAAAUGAUUUUCGAUAUCGGCAUUUGUUACUAAAACGCAACGUAAAUAAACGGACAGAUUCCUGUUUAAAACCAAAGAAACUUAUUGCUCAGUAAAACUGAUGACACGCUAUCAUGCCUAAUAAUACAGCCAGUGUAGAGGACAUAGCGGUGCAUAUAAACGAUGCAGUUAAUUCAUCAAACUCUUCUUUAACAAAUACCGCCAACGCUAACAAUUUUCCUGACGGACUGCCUUUAAUAAACUGUAUGAUUCUGUUUAUAGUCAUCGUUGUGGGACUUCCUGAAAAUGUAUGCGUAAUUUUGACAAUAGCAAAGAAACGCUCGUUCAGGACUUCUAUCAACACGCUAGUAGCUUAUACAUCUUUAAUGGACGUUUUACAAUGCCUCUUCGGCGCUACGCUUCAUAUGCGCCAGAACAUCUUGGGUCAGCGGGGCCUUAGUCAAUGGGAAUGUUACACGCUGUCAUUCGUUUCAGUUUUUACGAAUAUUACCAACGUUUGCCUGCUCGGUGCUAUUUCUGUACUGCGCUUGAUUCAGUUCUUUGCAAAGCAGAAUAACCAACCGAACAGAGUGCUUAUAUUCAUCUCUAUUGUCGUCAGCACGACGGUGGGGCUGACACUGGCUACAGCUGCCACUUUUUAUUCAAAAGCAUCUUAUUAUAUAUGCACGAACGACGACCGGCAGUAUUUACCCGGGACAGAGGAAGUCAUCAACUACACGUUAUUUCUGCCCGUAUUUGGCCUCAGCGCCAUUCUAAUCGUAGUGUCUUAUCUUGGUAUAUACUGCCGAGUUAGGAAAUACGCAAGGGUCAGUCCGACUGACCAUCAGGUAAUGACUACAGUAGAGAAUCAUGACGACCAUAGGGGAACCCAAAUUAAAAGUGUUACCCAGCCGCAGGCACUGCCGAGGGAGGUGCAGGACCAAAGUGGAGGAGAGCCUCAAAGAAAUGGCCAUGAACAGCAGGGGGCUGAUCCAGCAAUUUCGCAAGAUAUUCACAAAUGGGGGCAUCGAACAGAAUUGCAAGGCAUUCACCAAGGGGUGGAACCAGCAAGUUUGCAAGAUAUUCACCAAGGGGCGCAUCCAACAGGAUUGCAAGAUAUUCACCAGGGUACUGAUCAAAAUUUACCGCAACGCGAGCAGGUGCCCGAUAUCCAGCAGAUCCCACACCAGAGAAAUGACGUCUUGGCGGCAAGGACGUUUGCCUUAGUGCUAUUUGUAUGGCUACUUCUCUAUCUCCCACUACCCGUCAUCGGAGCCUGGAAGUUCAGGCAUGGAAUGACUCCCCAGCUGAAACAUAUCAGGUCUUUCUUCGCCUCUCUUAACUGUAUGAGCGCUGUUUUGAACCCCCUGAUCUAUUGGUACGGUUCAAAGAAGUUUCGGAAGGCAAUCAGCUGCGUGUGCCGGUGCUAGA